GGCACCGCCAUGGCGUUCACCUUUGCGGCCUUUUGCUACAUGCUCACCUUGGUGCUGUGUGCCGCCCUCAUCUUCUUUGUCAUUUGGCAGAUUAUUGCAUUUGAUGAACUGCGCACAGAUUUCAAAAACCCUAUCGACCAGAGCAAUCCCACCAGAGCGAGGGAAAGGAUUCUCAAUAUUGAACGAAUCUGCAACCUUCUUCGACGACUGGUGGUACCGGAGUAUUCUAUCCACGGGCUCUUCUGCCUGAUGUUCAUGUGUGCCGGAGAAUGGGUCACACUUGGCCUCAAUAUCCCGCUUCUCUUCUACCAUCUCUGGAGGUUUUUCCAUCGGCCAGCUGAUGGGUCAGAGGUCAUGUACGAUCCAGUCAGUGUAAUGAAUGCAGACAUCCUCAACUACUGUCAGAAGGAGUCGUGGUGCAAACUGGGCUUUUAUCUACUGUCGUUCUUCUAUUAUCUCUACAGCAUGGUCUACGCUUUGGUGAGCUUCUAA